GAACGGUUCCUUGUUCAUCCCACCACUUUUCACUGGGGAGGACCUAGAAUAGUUUUAAAUAAAUAAAUUCAAAAUGUUUUCUCGAUUCAAUUGGUUUGCUAUAAUGAUGGUAAUGAUUUUCUGCUGGAAUUCGUUUGGUCAUUCAUUUGAUGAAGUGGAUGUUAAUUUAACGAAGGUUGAGAUAUCAUCUUCAUGUGACGAGAUGUUAAUAACUUUUGCCACUUUGUCUGGUAAUUUCACAUUCUGUGCGAUUAAGAAUGCUAGGCCCAUAAAGUUAUGUCAAGAUUGUGUUUCAGUUUAUAUUGAUGUGAAAAAUAUUUACUACAGUAUUCUUAAUAUUGAAGAUAUGGGAGGUGACACUUGUAGAGACAAACUAAUUAAUCUUGACAGGCUACAAGUUGUUAAAUCUGGUUUUGAUUAUGCUGAUAAACUGUGGUCUAGAGCGUUUUGUGACAGUUGCUUUGUUUUUGAGGAUCAUAAGCAACCAUAUUUAAAACCAGUAAUAUCACAAAUUCUCAACAUUUCAUCGGAGUUAAACAAAUGUAUAUCUGAAACUCUUAAUGAUACGUGUAAAAAAUGUGAAAAGGAAUAUCUUUUGUUGAAUGAAGUAUACAAUAAUAUGAGAGCUGAUACUGGUCAAAAUAAUUUCUGUAUGGAUAUUGUUGAUCUGAUGAAUACGACUAGAGGAAAUUGGUCUGGAGUUUGGGGAUGCUGUAAUGAUCGAAAAAAACCAGAGACAACUUUUUUGAGUAUUUCUAGUGGAGUUUUAGUUGCAUCUUUGUUGUUUUAUGCAAUGCUAUUUACUUUUACAAGAAAAACAGAACAUCCAGUAAUUCCACAAAAAAGAUGGAAACAGAAAUUUACUCAGCGGCCAUCUACUUCCUCAUCUAUUAAUAGCUGAAUAACAAAUGAAGCAUGAUAGGAUUGUGAUUCACCACUGCGCCUAUAAAUUUGUUUGAGAUAUUUUACCUAUAAGUCGUUAAAACUGUUUAUAACGAAAUAAGUUACCUGUUAAAUCUAAUUGCUGUUGAUGAAAUUUGCAUUUAAUACAAAAGUUACUUAAUUAAUUCUAUAAACAUAAAAUUUAGUAUAAUUGCUUGGUCAUUUUAAUGAAUAAUUAAUUUUAAUAGUUAAUUAAUACAUUGAAUCCAGUUUGUUUGUUAUAUGCAGUUUGUGAAUGUGAUAAUAUGAAUAUUAAAAAAAAUGGUAUGUUAAAAAAAAAUAUAUAUAUAUAUAUAUAUAUUUUAGACUUAAAUCUUAUUAGGAAAACUACUGUAUAAUUACAUAGAUGUGAAUCUAUGUACUGUAUAAUUACAUAGAUCUCUUGAGGAAUUAAUGUAAUAAUUAUAUUUCUUACUGAACUGUAAUUUAUUAAUAUUCACAAGUUUAAAAUUGAUUAAUCCUUAGUGAGAUAUGAAUAAUGUUAUCAAUUUAUAUUUUAUAUUUAUGUAUAUAUUUUUUCUUUAAUGUUCGGUUAUGUAUCAUUUGCUUAACUUUUUUCUGACUCUUUGUAACCUCUAAAUGUAUUAGAGGAUAGAGCAGUAAAUUUUAAUAUACAUAAAAUGUUUUUACGACAAAAUAAUUCUUUUUAAAUUUUUAUUAUAUGUUUCGGCUCAGAUAAUGAAUAAGAAAAUUAAUAGUUUACCUUUAAAAUGAAAUCAGCUGUAUUUUACAUGUUCAUAUGAAGUGAUUUUUUUGAACCUGCUAUUUAGAAUCACUAGAUUGUUACAUAAGUUCUUGUGCAUAAGACUAUUUUAUUUUUAAGAAUGUAUGAAAAACUGUACACUAAUUCUUAAAGAAUGUUAAAUUUGUUGAGUUUAGGUAUUCCUUUAAUCAGACGAUAUCGUUCUGGUGACUGACUCUUAAAACAAACUGCAACAGACUAUUAUAGAAUGACAGAAAAAACUUGCUCAUAAAUGGUAAAUGAGAAUCAACUGCCAUAAAAGCAAGAUUAUGACUGUAAUAAGAGAUGAGGGGGAUGUGAGGGAUAUAAGAAUGACAUGCAAUGGAGAAGAGCUGGAAAACAUGGACUAAUAUACCAAUUUUUGAACAAUUUUUAUCAAAUCUGGGAAAAUAGGCCAAGAAGUGUGCAACAGAAUAAAGAAAGCAAACAGUAUAUAUUACCAGAUUUACAACACGAUUGUGGGAAAGAGAGAGAUAGGAAAGAAUAUCAAAAUCCACAUCUAUACAGCAGUUUAUCUCCCUAUCUUGUUAUAUGGUAGUGACAGCUGAGUCACCCAAGACAAGUAUUUGAGCAGGAUUAUGGCUGCGGAAAUGAAUAGAUGCAGACAAACCAGGAGAGAUAGAAUAAGAAAUGAGAGAAUCAGGAAGAACUUUUGAUACCAUCACUGAAAUCAAAUAUGGAAUGCCGACAAUUUCGAUGAUUUGGAUACAUCUGUAGAAUGGGAGAAGUCAGAGUACCAAGAAAAUGUAUGGAAGCGAGGCCAACUGGCAGGAGACCAUGGGGGCCUAGAAGAACAUAUCCAAUGACUACGUCAGGAAAGAGAGAAAAUCCUAGAUCAAUUGAAAAAAUUGGCAAGAGGUCGAGAUGUAUCGACUAAGUGACUACCUCACUGAUAGGCACAAAAAGAGGAAUAUAAGAGUAAAUAAUCAAGAAGUAGAUCUCAAGCAAGAUCUACUUCUUGAUUAUGAACUUUUCUAGACAGGAUAACAUUGCUCUUUUAAGGAUAACAAUUUAAAAUUGAAGGAUUAUUAUUGAAUCCAAUAUUAACAAAAAGAUUGGUGAAAGAACAAAUUUCUUCUCUAUAUUCCUCUUUUUGUGCCUAUCAGUGAGGUAGUCACUUAGUCGAUACAUCUCGACCUCUUGCCAUUUUUUUCAAUUGAUCUAGGAUUUUCUCUCUUUCCUGACGUAGUCAUUGGAUAUGUUCUUCUAGGCCCCGUGGUCUCCGCAUGAUAUCAUUCCAGAUAUCAUUUUAUUUUAUCAAACAUUUUAGAACUUGAAACAUUGUUGUAGAAGUCCAUUUUUGAUACUUUCAUUUAAAAGUAUCCACUAACUUGAAUUCUAUAAUAACAAACCACAACAAAAAGAACAGAAAGUCUUCUUUAACAAGACAUGCUACAGAAUUUCAUUAAUAUGAUUCUGUAUAUGUUUUUAACAUGAUUUUGUGGCUACCUCCAAACCCAUAGAGUCCAUUGUUUUUUUUUUCACACCAUUUUCCCACAAGCCCAGUCCCUCAAAACAUCUACAGCAUCCGUUUGUGUUAUCCAUCUUUUGUCUUUAUUGCUCAGCCUUAUUCUGAAGUAUACACAAUAGGCAUUUCUCGUGUAACUAUAUAUGCUCUAUCUUAACUUAUCAAUUAUAUCUUCUUACUUUUCUUUUUCUUCUUAUCUUCUUCUUCAUGGGCGCUACAACUCAUCACUGAGUCUUGGCCUCUUCAAUGAGUCUCACCCAUUGGUUUCUCUCCCUUGCAGCUGUCCUUCAGUUAGCUUGUCCAAGAAGAGCUAUCAAUAAUGUACCUUUCAUUGGAUUAUUGAUCAAGUAGAUUGAUAUUUUCUGCUAAAGAAGCUAUUAUAACUAAUGAAUUAUAUAUAACUGAAUAAAAAGAAUCUCACAGCAUUUUAGCAUGUCAACAAUGAACUAUGUUUUCUGGCUAAUAGCCAAAUUGGGUAUCACAAGGGGGACCAAAUCUUUCUGAAAUAAGAUUAUCCUCUUUCCCAAUUUAAGUUCCCCUCAUAAAAUUUAUGUUUUUAUAAAAAAUGAGUUCACUUGAUUUGUAAAUAAAAUAGUGAUGAAAAAUGUUUUAAAAAAAAAACUUUAGGAACAUGUAAAAUUACAGAAAAAUGUUAAUUAAUUAUGAUAUAAAUGUAUAUUUAGAGUAAUUUGUUGUUUGUAUGUAUAUUUUCUGUAGUAAGUUAGCAGAAUUUGUGAUUUAAAAUUUGAAAGAUACUUUUUGUGAUUAAUAUGACUGUGAUAUAAUAAAAUAUAUUUUAUUUUAGUUUGUCUUAUCAAUCAAUUCAUUUGAAAAUUGGUGAUAAACGUACCAUUAUAAUUUAGUGUAUAAAUCUACUUUUAUGGUUCACUUAUUUUGUUUGAGAUUUACUUUAAAAAAAAUAUCUUUCCAAGAUUUGGAAUAUAUUAUUUUUUUUAUAAUAUACUUUAUUGUUAUGUUUCCUUUAUAGUUGUCCAGAACUUUUUUCCUGCUAAUUACCUGUCUGUUCUAAAUGUUAACUAAACAAAGCUCAUAUCUUCUGUUGGCAUUUCAAGUUAUUAAAGAUGCAGCCAGAGACCUUGAAGAAAAUUAUUUCAAUUUUCAAACAAACGAAAAUUUCAUUCUAUUUCAGAAGAAAAUAGUUAAAAAAUAAAUUUCUGAACAAUGAUUAAUUAUUGCAUAAACAUUUUUAUGUAGAUACAUCUAUAAUUUUUGUUAUUAAAUUAAAUGGUUAUGUAUAAAAUGACAUUUUUUUCCCUUUCAAUAGUCCGAAUUUUUCGCUAAACGAAUAAUCUUGGAUUUAAUUAGUUGGGAUCAGUGAG